UCCCCCCUCUCUCCCUCUCUGUCUGUAUCAGAGAGUCUCUCCUACCUCCCCAACACCAACUCCUUCAGGAAGAGACUCUCUGCCCUUCUCCCCAUUUCCCCCUGUUUCUACCCACUGUAUCUGUUGCUUCUUUCUCUUCUGUUUCUUGGCUCACUGACUUCCGCGUCUCGCCGGUCUGUCAACGGGUUCCGGUCAGUUUGGAUCCGACCUUUAACCAUGCAAUCGGGCUCAGUGAAGGUGUCGCCUCUGGAUCUGAUGUCGGCUAUUCUCACGGGCGGUGGCGCAGCGGAGCAGUCCAACGUGUCCGCGGAUUCCGGCGAGGCGUCGCCGGUGACGAUGAUCAUGGAGAACCGUGAGCUACUGAUGGUGCUGACGACGUCGUUCGCGGUGCUGAUCGGCUGCGUCUUCGUGUACUUGUGGAGGCGAUCGAGCGCCCAGAAGGGUUCGAAGGUCGCGGAGCUUCCAAAGAGGCCAUUGAUCGUGAAGCAACCAGAGACGGACGCUGAUGAGGGAAAGAAGAAGGUUACCAUCUUCUUUGGGACGCAGACUGGCACAGCCGAAGGCUUCGCAAAGGCGCUAGCUGAGGAAGCGAAAGCACGCUAUGAUAAGGCCGUGUUUAAAGUGGUUGAUUUGGAUGAUUAUGCAGCCGAUGAUGAUGAAUAUGAGGAGAAGUUCAAGAAAGAGACUCUAUCUUUUUUCUUUUUGGCCACAUACGGAGAUGGCGAGCCAACAGAUAAUGCAGCGAGGUUCUAUAAAUGGUUUACAGAGGGAAAAGAAAGAGGGGAAUGGCUACAGAACCUUCAAUAUGGAGUGUUUGGCCUAGGCAACCGGCAAUAUGAACAUUUCAACAAGAUUGCGAAUGUGGUGGAUGAGAUUCUUUGUGAGCAAGGUGGAAGGCGCAUUGUGCCUGUGGGUCUUGGGGAUGAUGAUCAAUGCAUUGAAGAUGACUUCACUGCAUGGCGUGAGUUAGUGUGGCCAGAGUUGGAUAAUCUGCUUCGUGAUGAGGAUGAUGCAGCUGUUUCUACUCCUUACACUGCUGCCAUACUAGAGUAUCGAGUUGUAUUUCAUGAUUCUGCUGAUGCAUUCCUGCAGGAGAAGGGCUCUAGUUAUGCAAAUGGUCAUGCUGUUCAUGAUGCUCAACAUCCGUGCAGAGCUAAUGUGGCUGUGAAGAAAGAACUACAUACUCCUGCAUCUGAUCGUUCUUGCACCCAUCUGGAGUUGGACAUUUCUGGCACUGGACUUGUAUAUGAAACAGGAGAUCAUGUUGGCGUGUACUGUGACAAUCUCAUUGAAACUGUAGAAGAGGCUGAAAGGUUACUAGGUUUGUCACCGGACACCUUUUUUUCAAUCCAUGCUGAUAAAGAGGACGGCACACCCCUUGGAGGUUCCUUGCUGCCUCCUUUCCCACCUUGCACAUUGAGAACUGCACUGACUCGAUAUGCAGAUCUUUUGAGCUCUCCCAAAAAGGCUGCUCUACUUGCUUUAGCAGCUCAUGCUUCCGAUCCAAGUGAAGGUGAAAGGUUGAGACAUAUUGCGUCCCCUGCUGGGAAGGAUGAAUAUGCACAAUGGGUGGUUGCUAGUCAGAGAAGCCUUCUUGAGGUCAUGGCUGAAUUCCCAUCAGUAAAGCCUCCACUUGGUGUUUUCUUUGCGGCGGUUGCCCCACGCUUACAGCCCAGAUACUAUUCUAUCUCAUCCUCCCCAAGGAUGGCACCAUCUAGAAUUCAUGUUACUUGUGCAUUGGUUUAUGAUAAAACACCAACUGGACGGAUUCACCGGGGAGUGUGCUCAACUUGGAUGAAGAAUGCCAUACCUCUGGAAGAUAGCCAUGAUUGUAGCUGGGCACCUAUUUUUGUUCGGCAAUCUAACUUUAAACUUCCUGCAAACACUAGGGUGCCUGUUAUUAUGAUUGGUCCUGGCACUGGAUUGGCUCCUUUCAGGGGUUUCCUGCAGGAAAGAUUAGCUCUGAAGGAAGCUGGAGCUGAACUGGGACCAGCCAUAUUAUUCUUUGGAUGCAGAAACCGCAGGAUGGAUUACAUUUAUGAGGAUGAGCUGGCCAACUUUGAAAAAAAUGGUGCGCUUACAGAGCUGAUUGUGGCUUUCUCACGGGAAGGACCCAACAAAGAAUAUGUCCAGCAUAAGCUGAUAGAAAAGGGCUCAGAUGUUUGGAACAUAAUUUCUGAGGGAGGUUAUAUUUAUGUAUGCGGUGAUGCCAAGGGCAUGGCCAAGGAUGUCCACCGAACUCUCCACACUAUUGUGCAGGAGCAGGGAUCCCUAGACAGCUCAAAGACCGAGAGCCUGGUGAAGAAUUUGCAAAUGAGCGGAAGGUAUCUGCGGGAUGUAUGGUGAGUUUUGGUGAAGUCGCCUUGGGUCCGGUCAGGAUGUGAUAUCAACAUAUAAACCAUAUGCAAAAGAAGGGUGCAGCUUGUGGGGAUAACGAGCUCAGGCUGAAAAUUAAGCUACAUGCUCGAGAGGAGGGGAGGUUGUGUUGCAUUGCCAUCCCUACAAUGCUUGUGUUGUCAUUAGAGUUGGGAGAUUAUGAUUCUUUUUCACUCUUCCUAGAGCUUGAAGGAUAUUUUUUUGCGUAAUGUGAUUUAUACAUAUACAUAAUAUGUACAAGCUACUGAAAUAAUAAUUAUUUGUAAUAAUUAGUAAGGAAUUAUUUUAUGGGGUCUCUAGUUUCACUUGUAUUAUGAGCCAACAAGAAGUUUCAAGUGACAUGUUUGUAUGCAGACGUUCACCCUGUAUUUCAAGGGUAAACUUAAGAAGUAUUUGGGAGCAUUGAUUUUU